AGGCGACUGUCCUUCCAAUACAUACACACAUUGUGUAUAUUGCUUUUCUAUGUUAUAAUGUGUUUAUUGUGCGCUUAAUAUUGUUGUAUUAUAUUAUACGCGUAUAUAUUCAUUGUUUUAUUUCAAUUUACAGUUUGUUAAAAAUAAUUUACAAUAAAAAAUAAUACAUUAAAUUAUUUAAUACAUUAAAAAAAUAUAACACAAACAACAAUAAUAAUAAUAAAUAACAACAACUUUGACAACACAGUGAUCGACGACAUCAACACCACUACUACUACUACUAUCAUCACAACAACGACAACAAUAUCAUCAAUACAUUUGUGUAGUGUUUAAGACAACGUGUGUGUGGUGUCUGUGUUAAGUGAUUAUCAUAUAUCACAGUAAGUUUGGGUGUGUUUUUUUGAUAGAUAAGCGCGACUAUCAUUAGCAACAAUUCCUUCUCCAACCUCAUCAAGUAGUAUGACCUACAGGGGUCGGGAUGCGUGUCCACUGGACUGUAAGGUCUAUGUGGGAGAGUUGGGCAACAAUGGCACCCGACAUGAACUGGAAGACGCUUUCGGCUAUUAUGGACCACUUAAAGAGGUAUGGGUGGCCCGAAACCCGCCCGGGUUUGCGUUUAUCAUGUUUCAGGACCCGCGUGACGCCCGCGACGCUGUCCGUGGCUUAGAUGGAAAAAUACUUUGCGGACGUCGUAUUCGCGUAGAGUUGUCGACCGGCAAAUCGAGACACGACGGCAAGUCAGGCGGUGGUGGUGGUGGCGGCGGACCACGGCAAUAUGGUGGUCAAUCGGGCGGUGGCUCUUCGCGAGGACCACCCGAUUACGGUCGCGGCGGAUAUGGCCGCGAGUCGCCAUCCUAUUCGCGCGGCAGUUCUCGACGCACCGAACCCUACUAUCGCGGCUCACCGAGUCCGCCACCACGCGGUAGCGGCAGUUAUCCUCCGAGACGACGACCGCGCACACCGCCCAGUCGUUCGCGAUCGCGAUCACCGAUUCCUCGAUCGCCACGCAAUGACCAACGCUAUGGAAUAUAAAAACGGACUGACUUUCACUGACUCGACUCUACUAACUGUCCCAAUACAGUACCGUACCUGUGGUUGUGUUGUCUUCAUUAAAUGGAUAGAUGAAUAUAUAUAUAUAUAUACCGUACAUACAUACUGUUCCCCUCCUUCUACUCCUCGACUACCAACCAGCAGGCGGUCAACUAUCACCAAACAACACAACACGACUAUACAACUAACUCUUCUAUCAACUUUCGACUACUUUUUUAAAUAGACAACAAUAACAAGUCAAAUAUUGUUUUAUACAUACACCUCCCCCUCCCCAACACACCCACCCAAUCACUCUUCUAUAUGAAUGUGUUUUUUAAGAUUCAAAAUUUAAAUUAAUAUUUAAUUAUACUAUAGAUAGAUAGCUAUAUAAAAAUAUUUACCC